AUGGAGAAUCUCGGUUUUAGAGACUCUGUUUCCCUCUUUCUGACAAUGGUGGUUAUAGUUCUUGUUUUUCCUCCUCAUCUCACACUGUAUGCAUAUUCUCAUCCCGACAAGUUUUACAUCAACUGUGGGUCGAAUUCUAACGUCACUUAUGCUGGUCGGACUUUCAUUGGAGACAUGGCCUCCGGUGCUAACUUCGUUUCCUUCACCAAGAAUGGAACUGAAGCCAGAAACCAAUCUGGAUCGUCCAUUUCUCCGGAAAUCUACGGGACGGUUAGGAUCUUCACACUCCCUUCUUCUUACAAGUUCCAACUCGACUCUGUUGGUCUACACUUCCUGCGUCUCCAUUUCUCUGCUGUCUCCUCUCCGAAAGAGCUUUUAACUGCUCGUUUCAAUGUAUCCGCUACUUCUGGUUCCACUCAUCACUUACAAAGUUUCUCGCUCCAGAACUUCAACGAGACCCCACGAGUUGAAGAGUUUCUCCUCAUGAUAAACUCGCCAGAACUCGAAAUUGGGUUUGUACCUGAGCUCUCAUCAGUAGCUAUUGUUAACGCCAUCGAAGUGUUCUCUGCUCAUAAUAAUAACCUCACAGUUCUGUCAGAUUCCGACAAGAAUCUGCAUACAAUCUACAGACUUAACGUAGGCGGCCAGAAAAUCACACCGGAACACGACGCCUUGGGAAGAACUUGGUCGCUAGACGAUGACUAUCUCUACGAGAAAGAUUCUUCGAAAAAUAUUCUAUCGUCAUUACCAAUCUCUGCUCCUGAUUUCUUCAUUGCUCCUGAUUCCGUCUACCGGUCGGCUAAAAAAGUUGAGUUGUAUCAUCAAGCGACGUUUAUGAACGUUACGUGGUGUUUUAUGGUUAAAACUAACAUUAGACAUUUCAUCAGGGUUCACUUCUACGAUAUCAAGAACAACCAAUCACAAUCCUCCGACUCCGAUUUCUAUCUCUAUGUGAAUGGAUAUUGGCGUAUACAUGUCAAUCCUUUAGAUCACAAUAGCCAUGGGUUAGUGAUUCCGUUUUAUAUCGAUAUCGUGAAUGUCUCUGAUGGUUCUGGACUCCUGAAUGUUAGUAUAGGUAACAAGGUACUCGGUAAUGAUAUUGGUUUUUUGAAUGGUCUGGAGAUUAUGGAGUUUCUGGAGAGAUCUGGUUCUGAUUCUUCGGGUGGAAGUAGUUACUGGGUGCAUAUCAUCGCAGGUUGUUUUGCUGCUGGAUUAAUUAUCGUCUUGAGUUUAUUGUUUAUGGUUUUCUUGAAGCGGAGGAGAUCAAACAAGAAGAAGAAGGCAGACGCCGAGAUCAUCUCUGUGUGGUCUCCUUUGCAAUUGUACAGAGGAGGUGGGAGUUCCGACAAUAGACAUUUCUAUUCUGACAACAAUUCCGCAUUAGGUAACUUUCAGUUAGGUUUGAAGAUUCCUUACACAGACAUUUUGAUAGCUACAAACAAUUUCGACGAGAUGUUGUUGAUCGGGAAAGGCGGUUUUGGAGAUGUUUACAAAGCCAUUCUUCCGGAUGGAAGCAAAGUGGCUAUCAAGAGAGGCAAGACUGGUUCAGGACAAGGCAUACUUGAGUUUGAAACAGAGAUUCAAGUCUUGUCAAGAAUCUGGCACAGGCAUCUCGUUUCACUAACGGGUUACUGCAAAGAGAACUCGGAGAUGAUCCUUGUCUACGAGUUUAUCGAGAAAGGUACGCUUCAGGAGCAUCUAUACGGCUCGGAUUUGCCUUCAUUGUCAUGGAAACAGAGACUGGAGAUUUGCAUCGGAGCAUCCAGAGGACUGCAUUAUCUCCACAGUGGCUCAGAAGAAGCAAUCAUUCACAGAGAUGUCAAAUCCACAAACAUAUUACUAGACGAGAACUAUGUUGCCAAAGUUGCUGAUUUCGGGAUAUCGAAACUCGUGGUUCGUAAUCAAGAACCGAUCAGUAUCAGUACUAACAUCAAAGGAACAUAUGGUUACCUCGAUCCUGAGUAUCUUCUUACACGCGUCUUGACGGAUAAAUCAGAUGUGUAUUCGUUCGGAGUUGUUCUCCUCGAGGUCUUGUGCGCAAGACCAGCUCUCAACAGGCAUCUUCCUCCCAUGGAACAGAACCUAGCGGACUGGGUUAUGUCAUGCAAAUCCAAAAGAAUAGUAGACAGGAUCAUAGAUCCGAGUUUGGUAGGUCAAAUCGAGCCAAAUAUUUUGAGGAAAUUCAUGGAAGUCGCAGAGAAAUGUCUCAAGGAUAAUGGAGAUGCGAGGCCGAGCAUGGCAAACGUGAGCUGGGAACUAGAAUACAUCCUGCGGCUUCAGAUGAUGGCUAUGGCGGUUGUUGAAGAUAGUGCCGCGUCUAUUUCCAGCUCCUUGGUGAUCCCAAGGCUAAUGGUGAGUGAUUCAUUUAGCUGCAACUCCAUUGUACAGGAGGAUCAAGUGAAGAACAGAUAUGUAAGUACAGAUUCAUAUACGAUUCGUGUUUUUCCCAAGUUAGACAGCAACCGUUACCAAAUUAACGAAGAUGAUGUUGCUCUUUUUUAUAAGUAGCUAAGUUGGGAAGUGCCAUGUAACGUUACCGUUGGUAUACAAUUAUUCCC